AUGACCGCCAUUGGGUCCGUGUUGCUCCUACCAUUAGGACCGUUACUCAUACCCCAUUUCUACCUCAUCUUCCUGCUGGUCUACUUUACAUGCUUUUUAUACACUCAAAUCAACCACCUGUUCAAAUUCUGGAUUACCGUCUCAAAGAUCAAGAAAACGAUACGCAACUGGAACAUGUCAGAACGAGCUCAUCUGGCUAAUGACAAGUCAUCUGCUUCUGCUGCCUCCUCCGGUCCAGCUUCGCCUUCUCCCACUCCCACUCGUGAACGCUAUCCCAAUAUCGUCGAUGAUGAACGUUUCAGCGAAAUGGAAGCCACCCUCAAACUGUAUGAAGACUCUCAUUUUGUUCAUGCCUUCAUUGUACCAAAUUAUGCGGAGCCUGAAGCGUUACUCAGAGACACCAUCAAACGAUUGGCAAAUCACAGAAAUGCACAAACCAACUAUGUCGUCAUUCUUGCCAUGGAAGCCUCUGAAUUCGGUCACGCCCAAAAAGCCGAAAAUCUUGCUAAUUACUUCAAGGACAGUUUCCUUCACUUUAUUGUCACCGUGCACCCAUCGGAUAUCCCCGGAGAAGCUCGUGGCAAAGGGUCCAAUGUCGCUUACGCCGCUCGAACAGGUUGUGCUGAACUCAUUCAGAAUGGUGUUGACAGACGUAGAGUGAUCUUAACUGUAUCGGAUUCCGACUCUUCCAUUCCCGAACUUUAUGUCAAAGAGGUCGAGAAGUCUUUUACGCAGGCUGAAGACCCCUACUUUUUAUUAUUUGCUCCGCCGAUUUUCUUCUCCCGUAAUUGUUUCGAAGUACCUGCCGCUGUACGAAUGACCGAUAUUACCUGGUCGGCCAUGGUCAUGUCCAAUCUGAGUAACAGCAGAGGCAUCGCUUUCCCUUGCUCCACUUACAGUCUCAGUAUGGUGCUUGCCGAACGUGUGGGAUUCUGGGAUACCGAUUCGGAUGCUGUUGGUGAAGAUAUGCAUAUGAUGCUAAAAUGUUUUUUCAAAACGGAUGGUUUGGCGCGCUGUGCCCCUAUUUUCGUCCCUAUCAACCUUACCAACGUUCAAACCAAUGGUUAUCUGUCCAACAUCAACGCUCGAUUUGUUCAGGCGAAACGACAUUACAACGGUGUGGCUGAUGUGGCAUAUACCCUGCGUAACGCAUUCGGCUUGCGGAGCUUGGCGGUCGAUGCAAACGGCGUGGUCUUGCAUACUCCCAUUCUAAACAAAAAAUCAUCCAUGUAUGCUUCGCCUACUUUUUGGAUCGACAAACUCAUUGUCUGUGUGAAAGUGUUGGAAGCCCAUAUGAUUCCUGCCACUUCUGGAUGGUUGAUGUUUGCCGCCGUCCCGCUCAUGCAGUUUAUUCUUUUCCCUCCUCACCCCAUGGUGGCCAUCGUCAAUCCCGCCGAUAACCCUAUCCUCACCUCGGAUUUCUACGCUACUUUGUGGAACAUUGUCAAAAUCAUCACCGUGUUUUUGCCUUUGCCUCUCUUUGGUACUUUGGCCAUCUAUGAACAUCUUCAUCGUGUCGUCGAUCGUGAACUCUACCGCAAAUCCAAAUCCGAAACCCGUACUUGGCGCAACGUUUUCGACUAUAUUUCCCUUCCUAUCGCAGCCUGGGCUUUUUUGACCAUUCCAUCUACUAUUGCCUGCAUCAAGCGUCUUUACAAAACCAACGAUCAGUACAUUGUGGCCGAGAAGUUCUUUGACGAGGAUGAACGCCACUAG